AUGACAGUGAGAGAGGCAGAAGAAGAACUGAACAUGAACAAACUGAUCAGCAGAAGGGAUGACAUCUCACUGCAAGAUAUGAUGACUAUCAUCACAGCUGCAAGAGAAGCAGAAGGAGAAGAAGAAGAAGGUGUGACAAUGAGAGCAGUGCUCUCGCGGUCUGUUGACACUGCUGUCUCUGCCUUCAACCUGGCUUUCGUAACAGUCAUGAAGGCUGCAGCUGCAUCAUAA